UUCAAUUCCUUUAUAAAGACCACAAUCCAAGGAACCGGAUCCCCCAACGUACUACAGCGACUCGGGGUUUUGUUAUCUAUACAAGUUGGAAGGUGUUGGGACUCGGGAUUUCUUCUUCGUAUUUUCAAGCUCUUUUAAGUUUUGAUCCAUUCAACCCUCACCAUGAGUGCUGAUGCCAAUUCAGUUCGUAAUGAUCUCAUAAAACUGCUCCACAAGCAUGUUCCUGGAGCAGAUAUAAGUGGCAUAGAUGAGAUAGUGAUCAGCUAUGUGACAGGUGUGUUGGAGGAAGUGGCAGCAGAUGCUGAAGAAGUGGACUCAGCAAGCAUGAAGGAUGUGAUCAGUGCAUAUGUACCAGCUUUCGAUGUCAUCUCCGAAGACAUUCUGACAGCUUGGGUACUGGACAUGGUGCAGGGGAUAAAUGAUGAAAAAGAAAAAGCCAAAACAGCAUGUGAUGUCACUUUGGACAAUCUUAUAUCGUCAUUCCCCGUUGAGACACGCAAACUCUCACAGUCCAAGAGUGAGUCAAGUGAAAGAUCUCAGAAGCUUUCAGAGACAUCCAAUGGAUCAGAGGAGCAAGAUACUGGCAGUACAAAUGGUGAAGAGCAUGAUGAAUACUCUGAAGGUCUGGCCACCUUGCUUGAGAUGUUCCCAGGAGCUUGUAAUCUCGAGGUCCAGCACUGCUUGGCCAGCUGUGGAGGGGACUUGGAGCAAGCCACAACACUCAUUUUGCAACGGCAGGAGCAAGGAAUAAGUAUCAAGGCUACACCAGGCAGUAAGCUUGUUCCAGGGGCCAAAGGGAACAAAAAGAAGAUAGAUGACAAAGAAGUUCGAAUCUCCAUCAUCAAUCGCUAUGGAUUUGUCGAUCACGAUGAUGAUGCUCGUGAGCAUAGGCCUGUUGCACCUAAGUGGGAAGGGAAGAAGAUGGUGCGCUACCGUGAUAACAAGGUUGUGAGCCUCAAGGGAGAAAGGUACACGGAGUUCAAGAAGGAUGAGACGGCUGAGAUGAAGAAGACAUAUGUGCACCUCAAACCGGGCAAGCAGUAUCGAUUCCACUGAUCCACAGGGUACAAACCUUACUACAUUGCCGCUGUCCAGUGUCACCAGGGCGAGGGGUCGAGGGAUGGUGUGGGCCAGGGCGGUAAGGUUUGUUUUUGUAAUCAACACCAGAGUUAUUUAUGUUACGCGAUAAGGCCGCAGCUUGAGGGCGAGUACAGACUUGCGAGAGCCUUGAGUGACGUGAUGCUGUUGGUGGGUUCAGUGGAACUUUUAGCAUAUAAUCUCAUGAGAAUUCUCAUCACUCUUCAUUGUUGUUCAUUAGUGUUAUUAUGUAGUUACUGCUUCAGUGUCAGUAAUUGUAUUUUAGUGUGUGAAUUGCUUAUUAGGUACCAAAGAAGACAUAGGUUAUUAAUUGAGGCACUUUACAGCCAGAAUAGGAAAGUGGUUAAAAAGAAAUACUCAGAAUUAUAUAGAAUAUCCUGCGAAAGAUUCUUGAAGCCAUACUCGAAUAGGGUGGAGCUUGCACUGCAGCGUGCAAUACUGUGCGAUAUAACAAGAUUUAACCAUGACACACUAGACUCUGUCAUUAGUCAUAAAGAUUUUAUUAUAUUACAAUACUUAUGGUAUAUGAUUUUUACAAAUUGGAAAACUGGUAGGUUAUUUUCAUAUGUAGGCGAGCUUGUUCAUAAUGACUCCAAUAAAACCAUAAUAUAUAGCGGAAGGAAAGAUCUGUGCAGUUUUUUAUAUCUUUAUUGUAGAGUAGCUUUAUUCUCGGAUGAAUUAAAAACGGUUGAUGAUUGUAAAUGGACAACAGUCAAUAGGUAUAUGUGCAGCUCCCUCAACACUGCACGGGUGGUAAGAAUACCUCAAACUAUCUAUAGUUUAUUAGAUGUAAAUGCAGAAUUCGCAGUUCCUGCAUUAAAGAGAUGAAUUUGCAUAAUCAGAAAAGCAAUAGCAAAGACCAAGCAAAUAUGUGUUUGUUUAUGAAUUAUGUAGUUACCAGUAAAUAUAGUUUGAAAAUUAUUAGUCAGGCAUUCUUGUUAUUCCAAUGAAUUGGUUUGGGAUCAUGUUUUUUGGACCAUUUUAAAGGAUUUUAUCCUCUUUUUUUAUUAGGUUACAAUUUUCCUACACAUAUGCAAGUAUUUGUAUAUGUACUCUUCCAUAGUAAAUGGAAUCAAUUAAGUUUCUUCUACCUAGUCUAUGUAUUUAGCUGUGGCAUAUCCUAUGAUUACUUUCUCUUUCCAUUAUUAUUAGAUAUAAUAGCAGCAUUACAGAUAUGUAGUAUUCUUUAGACAGCAGACUUUUCUCAGACUUUCUUGACCACAGCCCAUUUCUCUGGCAAUGGAGUGAUAAUCACGUUAUCAUUUGAUAUUAACCCUUAAGGACUGGCAACCUCAGUAGCCAGAAAUUGCUCAAAUAAGCACAAAAUCAAGUGAUAUUCAAAUGGUAAUAACAUUUGCAUUACUUCAAGAAAUCUAAAGUGAGGGACAUAUUACAUUCAUCAUAGACUAGAGGGCCUUAAAAAAGGCAAACUAGAAAGCAAUCAGAAUUGUGUGUGAGAAAAGGCAUGUCGACAUAAACAUCCAUUUUGCCUUUGUGCCAAGUAGGUAUUUUAAACCAAUCCAGGCCAUGAGGGUUAAGGCACAUUAGUUUUAUACAAGAAGUUUUCAUUUUUUAUGAUAAGGUAAGAAGUCUCGGGCAUUAGAUACAGAUUUAUGUUUCUUUCUUGAUAAUACUGAUGAUGAUGAUGAUGAUGAUUAUCAACUUCAUUGUUAAAAAAAAAUCCUAUAAAAGGUAUCCUCUAUUCACAGAGUUUAAUUAAAGUUGGUUGUUUCCUUUCCUGGUAGUACCCUUACCAUACUGCUGAAAGGGAGGGCUAGGAUAGGAUGAUGAUAGUUAUAGUUCUUAAAUAAUUAUACAAUGGUCAAGGUUUUAAAAGACAGUCUUCCCAAAUUGAAAUAUCUUCAUGUAACAAUAGUUUUUUUUAAAUCUUGGCAUGUUAGUUUCCAAAUUUUUGUUAGAAUCUCAUGAGCAGUUUAGCUUUUCACAGAAUAUUUAUAUAUAUUGAUAUUUUAGAAACCUAUUUCUAUGCCAUGGUACUUUGAUAUGUCAUUUCAGAAUCUUGCUUACUCAGCAAGGUGUCUAUGAAUUUAGGUUUUGGAGUGAGUUACAAAUUUCCUUCUUCUCUCUUCUCUCUCCUCUUCCUCCUUAUCCCCAUCCUGCUUUUAUUUAUAUUACACUAUGAUAGAGAGAUUCAUUUACAUCUUUGGUUGGACAAUUUUCAUUUUGGUUCAGCUGUAAUGGUAAUCUAGACCUUGAAAAUUACCCUAAGGAUGUUGCUUUAAGUUAAUGUUACUCUUAGUUUCUUUAACAAGUUUAUGUAUACUUGUUUGUGGACCUGGUCUGAAUCUCCAUAAGGGCAUUGCUUUUUAACAAUUUUUUUCUUCUUUAGAAGACCACAAAUGUGUAACAAAAAUAUUGGUCUUUCCAAAGAAAGCCAUGUAAAGGAGUAAGAUAUAUUCAUAUAAACCUGCAGGUUUGAUAAAACAGGUUUUAUUUUGUUACUGAAAUUUAGACAUUCCAAUUUCUUGUAUGUCUUUGGCAAUUGAUGUUAGAUUUUGUGUAGUGCAUAUUAUUGUGAGGGACAAAUUAAAUGUCAUGAGAAGGAAAAUAUAAUCAGCAGCUAUUUUGGGAAUGAAGUGUCUUAAUUGAACUUCAAGCUAUGUACCUGUUUUGUCAUGUUGGAAUUCAGUAUUAUAGCUGUAUCACAGUGUAUGUGGUUUAGUUGAAGAUUACACAUGAUCAGGAUAUGUUUAGCGAGAGGCGAUAAUCUACUAUUCUUGCAGAUUAUGGCAUUGAUUGGCUUGUUGAUAAUUUACUAAAUAAUUGGCUAUUUAAAUUUCCUUUGUUGUUUGUGGUCUCUUGUAGAUGGUGAGACAAAGUAGUAUGUAUUUAUUUUUUUCUGUCUCUUUACUUUACUUCUUCAUAUUAAUGCACAGUGACAGGAUAGUGAAUCUACUAAUUCCACUUAUUAACUCUUUCCAAAAGAUAGCUGUCUUAUUAGUAUAACCCUCUACUUAGAUCAGUGUUGUUUUAGUAAUAGGUAGCUUUCUCGCAGCUUCUUUAGUUAGUUAAGACUUUAUAGAACAUAUUUAUUUUUUAUAUUUUGCUGCUGUACAAAAUAUUAUAUGUUUGUAUGUUAAUCCUUGGAUUUUUAUUUUGCUUGUGUUAUAGCUAAGAGAAUGUGCAAAUGUUGACCAGAAAAGUAAGCUUACAUACGGGACAGGGAUAACUUGAGAAUAAGUGCACAUGUACCAUUUCUACGGGAAGAAGGGCUAUGGCUUUUCCGUGUCUCUUGACUAUAUAACUGGCACUGGCUUUACCUAAUACACUUACUUUAACAUAAACUGAUAUUAUGAAUUGCUUCUUCAUAUAUUUCUUUGGCUUCAAAGAAUUUUUGGAGAUCUUUCAGACUGAGAAGUUUAUGGCUAAGUGAGUUUUAUGGUUGUUGAAGUGACUUCCUGAUUCAGUAAACAGGUUUUUCAAAGCAUUCCUGCUGUACACUAGACCAGCUAACUUUACAAAUGGAAUAUAGAAUGUGUUCAGUUAGUUCAUGUGUCAAAUCAAAGCUUUUGCCAUAUUCCUACUUUUUAUCUCAGCAUUUCUUGUGAACAAUUACAGACAUGGCUGCUAGAACAUGCAUUGUGCUUUGAAUGUCUUGUAAGGACUUUUGGUGUGAUUAGGUUUCAUUUUUGUCUAGUUUAUUUUGAUAUGAACCCUUGUAUGUUGGUGUGAGUUUUCAUAAAGGAAUAUAUAUAUAUAUAUUUUUACACUUUUGAAGUUUUUCAGGAUAAGGACUUUCAUCACAGAAAGGUUUUUUCCUUCUUUUUUUAAUUUUGUUAAUUCCAAUAUUCAUAGAUGUCCUUUUGAAACAAUACACAGUAAUUUGUAAUAAUCCAAUUUCUGAGACGAUUGUCCAUGCAAUAAUAUGAUAGGAAUUUAUCAAUGCUUUUAAUCUUAUGAUGAUCAGUUACUACAGAGUGAUAAUGAGCACAACAGGAAAUGGAAUGGUUGUACUUAUCUCUUUUUUCCCCCCAAGAAGUAUGUACUGGUUGCAGUGAUUUUUCCCAUUUUCUUUACUUUCAAGAUCUCAUAGGAGAGAAAUUUAUUGUUUUAGAUUUUUUUCCAGUUUGGAAAGACACAAGUACAUAUUACUUAAGGUUUCAUUUGUUUUUGGAUCUGAUGAAAUAAAAGUGUAUGUAAGGUAGAUGUUCAGGUUUCUACUUUUGUCUCUUCCUUAUAGAAAUUUCAUUGUAAAUCUUUAUGUGAUCUAUAAAUCGUCUUUGCUUAUUAUGUGUGGCUAAUAAAUGAGAAAAGAUACUACG